AUGUCCAGCCAGAAUGCUACGGUGCUACUAUCGAGACUACUAUCUUUGAAGGAAAACUCGUCGUUCCACUUGAUACUAGACUCGUUGACUCAAUCUUCGUACUACCUAGUUCAAGAAUAUGUACAUCAUCUCAAAUCCAACAAGGUCAUAUACCUAUCUUUUGAAACCGUGAGCCGGCCGCACUACGCCAGUGAGUUCAUCGACUGUGCAAAGAAGCAAGAUCUGCAUAGCGAAAUCAUUCUCGCCGUCCAGAACAUCACCAAGAGUCAAUCGGCUCCCGCCGCGGCAUCAUUAUCUUCAUCUUCUUCAGCUUCGAAAACAUUGAUUGUGGUUGACUCCUUGAAUUAUAUCGCCAGCGAGAGUCUAGCUCAAUUCAUAGCAAGCAUCGUCGGACUGAAUAUCGUGGUUGUGGCUACGUUCCAUACGAAUUGCGUUGCUCCGUUUUCUGGUUUCACAAACUAUCCAUCUAGUCUCGCCUUGGUGACGUAUAUAGCGAGCACGAUCUUUGAAGUUGAGCCAUUGUUGGACCCGUCGGUGGACGUGGAACUGCUCGAAAGGCAAGUUGCCCGCUUGAAGUUUCCCGUUAAUGCACAUUUGAAUGACGAAGUGUUUAAAGUUGUGCUUACCAAUAGGCGGAAAUCGGGAAGAUCAGUUAUUUACCAGUUUAUAAUAGACUCGAAAAAGCACAGCUAUGAGCUCUUCACGGACAAGAGUGCGGUUGAGAAUAAUGAAGAGGACGAAGAGUUGCUCAAGGAUUUGACCACUUUUAAUUUAACCACUAGCAAUAAGCAGAAGUUGGCGAGAGAACAAGUCGAGCUUCCGUUCAUGCAAGCGCAAGAAGCGUUGGGAUCUACGGGAGGUGCAAUUGUCUACGAAUACGAAAAGGACGAUGACUAUGAUGAAGAAGAUCCUUAUGAAGACCCAUUCUAA